GUGGCUCUUUCCUUUCCGUCUCUGGCCGGCUGGGCGCGGGCGACUGCUGGCGAGGCGCGUGGAGCCUCGCGCUGGUUCCCCUUCGUCUUCUCUCCCGGCCCGGGACCGCGAGGAUUCGCUGACGCCGGGUGAACUGAGCCUGCCGCCAAGAUGCCGGCCUAUUUCCAGAGGCCGGAAAAUGCCCUCAAGCGCGCCAACGAGUUUCUUGAAGUUGGCAAAAAGCAACCUGCUUUGGACGUUCUUUAUGAUGUUAUGAAAAGUAAGAAACAUAGAACAUGGCAAAAGAUACACGAGCCGAUUAUGUUGAAAUACUUGGAACUUUGUGUGGAUCUUCGCAAGAGCCAUUUGGCUAAAGAAGGCUUAUAUCAGUAUAAGAACAUUUGUCAACAGGUGAACAUCAAAUCUCUAGAGGAUGUUGUUAGGGCAUAUUUGAAAUUGGCAGAGGAGAAAACGGAAGCUGCUAAAGAAGAGUCCCAGCAGAUGGUCUUAGACAUAGAAGAUCUGGAUAAUAUUCAAACUCCUGAGAGUGUUCUCCUAAGUGCUGUAAGUGGUGAAGACACUCAGGAUCGUACUGACAGAUUACUUUUAACUCCAUGGGUUAAAUUCCUGUGGGAAUCAUACAGACAGUGUUUGGACCUUCUUCGAAACAAUUCUAGAGUAGAGCGUCUCUACCAUGAUAUUGCCCAACAAGCUUUCAAGUUCUGCCUCCAAUACACCCGGAAGGCUGAAUUCCGUAAGUUGUGUGACAACUUGAGAAUGCACUUGUCUCAGAUUCAACGCCACCAUAACCAAAGUACAGCAAUCAACCUUAAUAAUCCAGAGAGCCAGUCCAUGCAUUUGGAAACCAGGCUUGUUCAGUUGGACAGUGCUAUCAGCAUGGAAUUGUGGCAGGAAGCAUUCAAAGCUGUGGAAGAUAUCCAUGGGCUAUUUUCCUUAUCUAAAAAACCGCCCAAGCCUCAGUUGAUGGCAAAUUACUAUAACAAAGUCUCAACUGUAUUUUGGAAAUCUGGAAAUGCUCUUUUUCAUGCGUCUACCCUCCAUCGUCUUUACCAUUUAUCUAGAGAAAUGAGAAAGAAUCUUACACAAGAAGAGAUGCAAAGAAUGUCUACUAGAGUCCUUUUGGCCACUCUUUCCAUCCCUAUUACCCCUGAGCGUACUGAUAUUGCCCGACUUCUGGAUAUGGACGGCAUUAUAGUUGAGAAACAGCGUCGCCUUGCAACCCUGCUAGGCCUGCAAGCCCCACCAACGCGAAUUGGCCUUAUUAACGAUAUGGUCAGAUUCAAUGUGCUACAAUAUGUUGUCCCAGAAGUAAAAGACCUUUACAAUUGGCUGGAAGUCGAAUUUAACCCACUAAAACUCUGUGAGAGAGUCACAAAGGUUCUCAAUUGGGUUAGGGAGCAACCUGAAAAGGAACCAGAGUUACAACAGUAUGUUCCACAGCUGCAGAACAAUACCAUACUCCGGCUUCUCCAGCAGGUGGCACAAAUUUAUCAGAGCAUUGAGUUUUCUCGUUUGACUUCUCUGGUUCCUUUUGUUGAUGCUUUCCAACUGGAACGGGCCAUAGUAGAUGCAGCUAGGCACUGCGACCUGCAGGUUCGUAUUGACCACACUUCUCGGACCCUUAGUUUUGGAUCUGAUUUGAAUUACGCUACUCGAGAAGAUGCUCCAAUUGGUCCUCAUCUGCAAAGCAUGCCUUCAGAACAGAUAAGAAAUCAGCUGACCGCUAUGUCCUCAGUACUUGCGAAAGCACUUGAAGUCAUUAAGCCAGCUCAUAUCCUGCAAGAGAAAGAAGAACAGCAUCAGUUGGCUGUUACCGCAUACCUUAAAAAUUCACGGAAAGAGCACCAGCGUAUCUUGGCUCGCCGUCAGACAAUUGAGGAAAGAAAAGAGCGGCUUGAGAGUCUGAAUAUUCAGCGUGAGAAAGAAGAACUGGAGCAGCGGGAAGCUGAACUCCAGAAAGUGCGGAAGGCUGAGGAAGAGAGGCUGAGACAGGAGGCAAAGGAGAGAGAGAAGGAACGGAUCUUACAGGAACAUGAACAAAUCAAGAAGAAAACUGUUCGUGAGCGUUUGGAGCAAAUCAAGAAGACAGAACUGGGUGCCAAAGCAUUCAAAGAUAUUGACAUUGAAGACCUUGAAGAAUUGGAUCCUGAUUUCAUCAUGGCUAAACAGGUUGAACAACUGGAGAAAGAAAAGAAGGAACUUCAGGAACGCCUAAAGAAUCAAGAAAAGAAGAUUGACUACUUUGAAAGAGCUAAGCGUUUGGAAGAAAUCCCCUUGAUAAAGAGUGCUUACGAAGAACAGAGAAUUAAAGACAUGGAUCUGUGGGAACAACAAGAAGAAGAAAGAAUUACUACGAUGCAGCUGGAACGGGAAAAGGCUCUAGAACAUAAGAACCGGAUGUCACGAAUGCUUGAAGACAGAGAUUUAUUUGUAAUGCGGCUCAAGGCAGCACGACAGUCUGUUUAUGAGGAAAAACUUAAACAGUUCGAAGAGCGGUUAGCAGAAGAACGGCAUAAUCGCUUGGAAGAACGUAAAAGGCAGCGUAAAGAAGAACGAAGGAUAACCUACUAUAGAGAAAAAGAAGAGGAAGAGCAGAGGAGGGCAGAAGAAAAGAUGCUAAAAGAGCGAGAAGAGCGAGAGCGGGCUGAGCGCGCGAAGCGUGAGGAGGAGCUACGGGAAUACCAGGAGCGGGUCAAGAAGCUAGAAGAAGUUGAAAGGAAAAAACGUCAGAGGGAGUUGGAAAUUGAAGAAAGGGAGCGUCGUAGAGAGGAGGAGAGGCGACUUGGUGAUGACUCACUUUCUAGAAAGGACUCUCGUUGGGGAGAGAGAGAUACAGAAGGCACUUGGAGAAAAGGACCUGAAACAGAUUCUGAGUGGAGAAGAGGCCCUCCAGAGAAGGAGUGGAGACGUGGAGAAGGGCGGGACGAAGAGAGACCUCACAGAAGAGACGACGACCGACCGAGGCGCCUGGGGGAUGAUGAAGAGAGAGAGUCCUCUCUUAGACCAGAUGAUGAUCGCAUUCCCCGACGUGCCAUGGAUGAUGACAGAGGCCCACGACGUGGUCCUGAUGAAGAUCGGUUCUCUCGCAGGGCGGCGGACGAUGACCGGCCUUCUUGGCGUAGUGCAGACGAUGACAGGCCUCCCAGACGAAUUGGAGAUGAAGACAGGGGUAGCUGGCGUCACGCAGAUGACGACAGACCACCUAGACGAGGGCUGGAUGAGGACAGAGGAAGCUGGCGCACGGCUGAUGAGGACAGAGGACCCAGGCGAGGGCUGGACGAGGACCGGGGGCCGCGCCGAGGAGGUGCAGACGAUGAGCGUUCGUCCUGGAGGAAUGCUGACGAUGAUCGUCCCAGGCGGGGCUUGGAUGAUGACCGGGGUCCCAGGCGGGGCUUGGAUGAUGAUCGAGGACCGUGGCGGAAUACAGACGAUGAUAGAUUUUCCAGGCGCGGUGCAGAUGAUGACAGAUUUUCCAGGCGCGGUGCAGAUGAUGACAGGGGGCCUUGGAGAAACAUGGAUGACGAUCGGAUCUCAAGACGGGCUGAUGACGAUCGGAUUCCCAGAAGGGGUGAUGAUUCACGACCUGGUCCCUGGAGACCAUUUGUCAAACCAGGUGGAUGGAGAGAGAAAGAAAAAGCCAGAGAAGAGAGUUGGGGUCCACCUCGAGACUCGAGACCAUCAGAAGACCGUGAAUGGGAGAGGGAAAAAGAGAGAGACCGAGAUAAUCAAGAUCGAGACGAGAACGACAGGGACCCGGAGAGAGAAAGAGACAGAGAGAGAGAGAGAGACAGAGAGAGAGAUGGUGAUCGAGAUGACCGCUUCAGACGGCCAAGGGAUGAAGGUGGCUGGAGAAGAGGACCAGCUGAGGAGUCUUCAAGCUGGAGAGAUGCAAGUCGUCGUGACGAUAGGGACCGCGAUGACCGGCGUCGUGAGAGAGAUGAUCGCCGUGAUCUGAGGGACAGACGAGACGACAGGGACCGAAGAGGACCGCCUCUCAGAUCCGAGCGUGAGGAAGUAAGUUCUUGGAGACGUGCUGAUGACAGGAAAGAUGACCGGGCCGAAGAGCGGGAUACCCCUCGUCGUGUUCCUCCCGCAGCUCUUUCGAGAGAUCGAGAUCGAGACCGAGACCGAGACCGAGACCGAGAAAGGGAAGGUGAGAAAGAGAAGACCUCCUGGAGAGCUGAGAAAGAUAGGGAAUCUCUUCGUCGUACUAAAAAUGAGACUGAUGAAGAUGGAUGGACCACAGUACGACGUUAAGUCUCAAUAUAAUGGAUUCAAACUCAUGUCUUUACAUAGGUUUGAUCACAUUCAAGGAUUAUUAUAUUUGUGCUUCAACCAAUCUAAAUUGGAUUCUUUAAUGUCUCACCAUAACACAAAAAGCAUGAACUUGUAUUAAUCCUAUAUAAUAGAUUGAUCAGGCACCGCAUCCACAGACGGUUGGAAAACCACGCCAUGUUUUUGAAUUUAAGGUGUUGCAUUAUUUCGUCAAUCAUUUGUUUACAAAAAAGAAAAACUAAAAAUAAAUUUAAAAUGAGAAUUCUUCAGGUAUUGAGUAACACCUGUAUCUUGGUAUAGAACUGAUCUUUUUUCUUUUGAUUUUGAAAUAUCUGGUAUUAAUUUGUAAUGAAGUAAGGUUCUGUUAUAGAGAAUGUAUCUGAAGUCUCUAAAAUAGGGAGCUGAAACAGUUCUCACACCAUUGAGACAUACCUCUAGAUAUUUUGAGGUAUUUACUAUUUACUAAAUUCAGAAGGUUUUUAGGUUUACUCUGAGUGCAGUAAACAUUACACACAUUGGAUACAGUGGAGUUUUCGGUAGAUUUUACUUGAAAGAAGGUGAGUAUAAACCAACUUGUGGUCAUUAUUAUAAUGACGAGAAUACUGCUGGAGUGUGAAUCCAAAACAGAUAUAGCUUUUAAAUUUUAAAGCAUUUGGUAAACUGUGGCUGAGUUUUUUCUGUUGCCAAUAGUAAACUGCUUUUCCAUUUAUGGAGAAUUCAUGCCUUUCAAGCAUUUUAAAUAUGACAAUAUUUAUAAAUGUGUGGUUUGGAGAAAUUCUUUAAAUUCUUUUUCCUAAUUUCCUUUCUCUUCAGGAUAGAGUCUUUCAAUAAGUAAUUUGUAGUAAUGACUGUGUUGACUUCAAUUUUGGAGUGUAGUAGCUAUGUUAAAGAUUAACUAUUUGGUCUUAUUGAAGCCAACACAGAACUUGCUGCUGUGUUUUUUCUUCAAUGAUAAAUAAAACACUUACAGAAUUUG